UCCACAAUGGAAGGUCAUAUAGAUGAUGAUACCUUGCGCAAUUGUACAGCAAUGGUCUUAUCUUCAGAAUUUGAUCAAUCGUCAAAAGAACUGGAACACUACAACUCCACCGCACUUUUAGCAGUAUUGGGAACUAUGUUAAAAGCAGCUGAUUUGACGAUGUCUAGACGCACAAUCGCCAAAGACCGCUUACAUGAUUGUGUUUAUCCUCUACCAGAGCCAUCGCAUACCAUCUCCAUGUGGCACAAAUUUAUCUGGUCCUCUGUUUUUAUUGCUAUGUUAAUCGUUGCAAUCGUUGGAAACUCAAUCGUCAUAUGGAUAGUAGCAGCUCACAGGCGAAUGCGAACUGUAACUAACUGUUACAUGGUCAGCUUAAGUAUCUCCGAUUUGUUUAUGGCUUCACUCAAUUGUCUACCAAACUUUAUUUAUAUGCUCAACUCUGAUUGGGCUUUUGGUCUGGAACUUUGCAUGGCGUCUAAUUUCAUUGCUUACUGGACAGUUGCAUCAUCAGUCUUUACAUUGGUCGCAAUCACCCUCAAUAGGUACAUGGCCAUUGUGCAUCCACUUCGGCAUAGGAGAUCAAAGACGAGAACUCAAACAGUGCUUAUUCUCAUUUGGCUAAUCAGUGUAUUUCUAGCGAUGCCGUGCAUUUUAUAUUCUGACCUUAAGACAAAAAGGUACAUGAAUGGAGAACUAAGAAGAGCGUGUUACAUGCUCUGGCCAGAUGGAAGGUACCCGAAUUCUAAAACCGAAUACAUGUUAGUACAUUCAAAUAAAUCAUGGGUACCUCAAGGAUCUGUAACAGCACCUCUACUCUUCAAUUUAUUCACCUCAGAUCAACCUACCACCCCUAACAUUACAACCGGUGACUUUGCCGACGACAAGGCGCUUCUAGCGAUCCAUUCUGACCCCGAAAUAGCCUCUAACCUCGUUGUCAGAAUGUUCGCUGUGGUAGUGACAAUUUUUUUGAUUUGUUGGUUGCCUUAUCACUCAUAUUUCGUAUACGCGUACCACAACAAAGGUAUAGUAGUCAAAACGUAUGUGCAAGAUCUGUUCCUGAGUUUCUACUGGUUAGCAAUGUCAAAUUCGAUGGUGAAUCCAAUAAUUUAUUAUUGGAUGAAUCCUAGAUUCAGAGCAUAUUUCAAAUUAAUCAUAUGCUACUGCGGAGGCUUAAGAAACCAUGACAAAGCUUCRAUUGAUCUUAACGUGAUUCGAAUGAACGGUGAAUCUCAUUUUUACUUGACCAGGUCCAAAUCAGGUCCAGUAUCGUUGGGAGUCCAACAUUUGCGGCGCCCACCAGAAACCCAAGUAUUAUGUCUACCCAGAGGCUUCAGCGAAGUAGUACGACAUGCACCAAACACACGAAAUAGUCAAGAAACAAUGGCGAUUCAAAGUUCUAGGCUUCAAAAACUACAGAACACUAGAAAAAAUUCUACACAGAAGCUUAUCUAUAAUCGAUGACGUUAAUAAUGAAUAUUGUACGAAGAUCCAAUUUUUGAAAAACUAUGAUCUAAUGUAAAUAAAAUGAUGACAGCCAUUUUUG